AUGUCUCGUCUGAGGCUAGGAAAGAAGCUUCAACCUGCUAGGAAGGCUUGGAAGAGCUUCUCCAACAAACUGCAAUCAAAACUCCACAAACUUGGCAUUCCAAAAACCAUCAAAGCCACCUUCAAACGUUUCCUUGCCACCUUGCAUUCCCUUCAUCACCUCGUACCCUCUAGAGGUCGUCGCUCUCUCACAAGUAGAAGAUCAUUAUAUGCUUCUUCUGAUUAUCAUGUUCAUGGCAAGAACAUAUCUGCAAUACGCAUAGAUGACCUCUUUACUGAGCCUGCUUCUUCCAUGCACGUGCAUGCGAACAAGACUCAUGCAUCACAAGGGGAAACAAGCAGAGGCAAAGAGGUGAUUGAGAAGAAGGAUUUGGCAGGAGGGAGCAGUGGCAUGAAUAGUAUAGAGGAUGCAUGGAAGGCUGUGGUUGCUAAGUCACCUCAGCUGCAGGUGGAUCAGAAGGCAGAGGAGUUCAUCUCCAAGUUUCGUGAAGAUAUGAGGCUUCAGAAAGAGAGGUCCUUGCUGGAAUUUCAGGAAAUGCUAGCACGAGGUGCCUGA